UCAGAGGCUACGCGAGGCUCCUCUUAAGCAUUCGGAGAACACGUUAAAUGGAACAGGCUAGCAAGUGCACGUCAUUGCGUCAAUGAAAGGUGUGCUGUCGGUGCUGCGCGCAUAGGAUUGUGGGUGAUUUCAGCGCGUGAAAAGCGCGAAGGAUACGCAUAUGCAUCCUUUCCUGUAUAUGGGAUAUUUCUCGAACGAAGGACUCAGUCCUUGGCUGAAAUUCCGAGGAUUUUUGACAUUGGAACAGUCUUUCGAUGGACGUCGAUGACGCAUCCUCGAAAUUCUUCCUUGACAUUGAGAAACGGCUCUUUUAUCGCUAACUUACCUUUAUAGGGCGUUGUCUGUUGCUGACAUUCAUGCAGAAAUCAGACACUGAUUGAAUACAUAACUAUCUUUAUUAUCAUCUUCACCUACAUUAACAUGAGGACGAAGAUAUCUUUACUCUUCAUCUCUUUAUCCAUCUGCGGUGUGUAUGCUGUUGAUCCAGAUGAAGUGAUAUCAGUGUCAGUGAUGGAGGGAGAUUCUGUCACAUUACACACUGAUAUUACUGAAAUACAGAGAGAAGAUGUGAUCGAAUGGAGGUUUGGUGAUCAACAGGAUCUCAUAGCUAAACUUAACAGGGAGGCCAAUAAAAGUGAUUUAUAUAAUGGCACUGAUGAGAGAUUUAGUGGCAGAUUAAAGAUGAACACUCAGACUGGAGAUCUCACCAUUACAAACAUCAGAUCUCAACUAACUGGAGUUUAUAAACUAGAGAUAACCAGAGACGAGAUUAAAAAAAAGACAUUCGUUGUCAGACGUGUGUUUCACCCAGAAUCAGAUAAACUAAAGUCAGUGUCAUUGAUGGAGGGAGAUUCUGUUACUUUACUCACCGAUGUUUCUGAUAUCAAGAAAUAUGAUGUGAUACGGUGGAGAUUACGACGUGAAAACUCUCCUCUAGCUGAACUCAACAGAAACACUGCUCUCUUCUCUACAUAUGAUGAUGUUCAUGAUGGGAGAUUUAAAGGUAGACUGCAACUGGACCAUCAGACUGGAUCUCUCACCAUCACAAACGUCAAAAACACAGAUUCUGGACUUUAUGACGUAGAGAUCAGCAGCAGCAGCAGCUCACACACCAUACAUCAGUCAAUCACAGUUACUGUCAAUGAUAAAGUGAAGAUAGAGUCAGUGAUGGAGGGAGAUUCUGUUACUCUACACACUAAUCUUACUGAAAUACAGAGACAUAAUGUGAUACUGUGGAGUUUUGCAACUCAAGAGACUCUCAUCAUAGCUAAAAUCGAUAAAGAUGUCAACGAGACAUCAAUCUAUGAUGAUAUUCCUGAUGGGAGAUUCAGAGACAGACUGCAGGUGAAUAAUCAGACUGGAGAUCUCACCAUCACAAACGUCAGAACUGAAGAUGCUGGACUUUAUGAACUUAAGAUGAGCAGCAGAAGACGAUCCAUUCAGAGGAGAUUGAUUGUGACUGUCACUAGUCAGUCAUCUACUCUGGUUUCGGGUAUUUUGGCAGGAAUAUAUGUCCCACUGGGUAUUAUUGCUGCUGUUGCUUUAGUGUAUUAUUGUCGUCGCUGCUUCCCUAAAGCAAGAACACAAAUAGUGAUGGAGGGAGAUACAGUCAUACUACACACUGAUGUUAAGGUAAAACAGGAUGAUGAUGAGAUGGAGUGGACGUUUCAAAAGUCUCUCAUAGCUCAAAUCGAGAGAUCCAACGACGCAGUAUAUGAUGGUGAUGAUGUUCUUAAUGGUAGAUUUAAAGACAGACUGACACUGAAUCCUCAGUCUGGAUCACUCACCAUCAAUGACACCAGAACUACAGACGCUGGAGUUUAUCAACUUAAAAUCAUCAACAGUAGUGAAACCUCAUAUAAGAGAGUCAGGCUGAUUGUCACAGCAGUUACACAUACACAGAUUAUGGUGAAUAAGGGGCAGUCUUACACUUUGAAGCCUGAUAUUACUGAUAUACAGACCUAUAAUGUCAUCGAGUGGAAGUUUGGAGAUGGAGAAACUCUCAUAGCUCAAAUCGACCGUGCCCAUGAUAUCUUUAGUACAUAUGAUGGUGAUGAUGGUCUAUUUAGAGGUAAACUGGAGCUGAAUCGUCAGACUGGAGAUCUCACUAUCACUGAGAUCAGACAAGAGCACACUGGAAAUUAUACACUAAAAGCCAUCAGACGUGAAAAAACCUCAUACAGGAGAUUCAGUGUGCAUGUCAUGGAAACCAACGGAGUUACAGUGCCUUUGAUCAAUGGAGACAGUCAGCACCGGUGAUGUAAUCACAAACUUAUGAUUGAUGUAUUUGCGGUACAUAAACCACUACACACUUUAAACACUGCCAGCGUGAAAGCUCAAAAGUUGCACACUGCAUACACAGUUUGAAACGUUACAAACACAUCGGCAUGAUGUUACAUAGUGAUAAACGUUUGCAUUAAGCAUGUGUCACAGUAAAACGGUUACAUUAAAUAUAUUUAGUGGUUGUGUGGAGGUAACUUUACAGUAUUCAAGGUUAAACUGUUGAAAUGGUGCAUCUUUACUUUAUAUCUGGUGGUCUAAACUAAUUAAGACUCAAUGAAUAUAGAGCUGUUGUAUUGCUUUUUUAUCUAAUAGGAAGGAUUUUUUUAAAUACUCAUACACUUGGUUACUAGCUUUUUUUUUGUUAAGUUAUUUAUAUAAUAGUUUUUUAUAUUUUAUUUUAGUAUAAUUAGUUGCAUUGUGUUUUACAACCUGAAACAUGUGAUAAAGAAUGAGUCACAUAUGCAUUUUUUUUAGCUGUGAAUGUAUUACAUGACUACCUCGUUUCGGUACGAACCUCUCCCACUCCAAGUUUUGUAUUCUGCCAACUGUUUUGUAUGUGCAUUAAAGAUCAAGUGGAUAAAUGCCAUUUUUAGUAGCUGAGAAAACAAUGUCAUCUAUUUAUUGAACUUUAUUACUAUCAGUGUUUCUGUUACAGUGUAUCUGUUUAAAUUCUGGGAACUGUUUAUGGGUUGUGUUUAGUCUCAUUCUACAACAUAUGAACUGAAUGGGAAUAAAGUGAUGUUGUUAAUAUAUUAGUGUAAUGUGUUAGUAAUACAGUUAAUAGAAAGCCUUAAGGACAACGAACACAGCACAGGUUAAGGUGAAUGUUAAUUGUUGCACUGUUUCUUAAAAUCUAUUAAAUAAACUUCUGGAUCUGUGAAUUAAAGAGAAAGGUUAUUUGUUUAAAAUACAUACUGUAGUUAAUUUUAAGGUUUUUGGGAUAUUUUCUUUAAUAAUAGGACUUCAGACUAACGUAUUUUUUUUUGGUAAAGUAUCAGAACAUCUCAGGUAAAUUAUAUGCAUUCCUUUUAGAUUGUAUGUAAUUUAUUUAAAUAAAACUUUUGAUAUAUUUA